AUGAACUACCUGCGUGGGUCGAUAACAGCAGCAUAUCAGUAUUACCGUGAUCUACCUCCUAUUAAUGCGUCUACGCUCACCGGUGCCAUUGACGUGAUUGUCAUCCAGCGGACAGACGACAAUGGAGACCUCGUCCUGGCCUGUACUCCUUUCCACGUCCGCUUUGGCAAAUGGCAGAUUCUACGACCAGCAGAGAAAAAGGUCACCGUCCUCGUCAACGGACGCGCCAUCCCGUUUAACAUGAAAAUUGGAGACGCUGGAGAGGCUUUCUUCGUAUUCGAGACGGACGAGGACGUGCCGGCGGACCUCCAGACGAGUCCGAUUCUGCAGCCCACGACUCCACCUCAGCCCAGUGGCUCGACGCCAGCGACGGGCAGAUUUGGCGCAAAAGCUGCUUCUGCAUCGCAAACAGAUCUAGAUACAAAGGAUAUUGUAUCUGGACAAGAGGAACAGGACCAAAAGGAAGGACAAGAGGAUGGAAUCCCUGAACCAGAUUUUCUCGACUUGAACGCCUCUGCGACACCACCAAAGGAUUCGAAUGCCGUCCCACUCACCAGACUACCUCCCGCGAGCAGCAGCGUCCCUACCUUGCUCGUAGAAUCCACGAACGAAGACGACGCAUCUUCUACAGCCGUCGCCGCAAAGCUCGGAAAGGCAGCCUUGGCCGCUGCAAAGGAGGAAGAGACGGAACGACUCGGCCAUCUCAAGGACAAGCUCAUCGCCGCACAAAACAUUGUCGCGAACAAGAUUCGGCGACCUUCGUCUGAUGAUAGCCAGCCUCCACAGCCAGAUCUCGGCGACGAGGCUUUGCCUACGCACAAAAAGGGCGGUUCACCGCCUCCAGUCGCAUACCUGCAUGACGUCGUCGUUGACAUGGCUGGUUAUCACUCCAAAGAAGCUUCGGAUCAGACGGUCACCGGUCCGGAUCGAAGUUAUCAAUUCGAGGAUGACAUUACCGCGGCUGCGGCACAGAGGGCUCAAAAGGAGCUAAUACGCAGACAUGGGGCGCACUCUCAUGACGCCAAUACACAUGACGAUGCGACGCCAACGUCUUCUCGAGCUCAAUCACCUGACCUAGAAUCAGGCCCCACAAUUCAAGUUCCGAGAGCGACGUCGGAACCUCCGUCUGAGCUGGGACCUUCCCCCGACAACUCGCCUCCUCGUUACUCUUGGGAAUGGGGAAACUUUCCCGUUCAGACACCAUCAAAGGUUUCGUUCCCGUCUCAUGCUCCUGGAGAGCAUGAAAGAGCGACGAGUAUGCCACCGUCGGGGGAACACGUCCCUGCUUCAGAUGGCGCAGGUGACGACGAGGAUAUUGAUAUUCAUUUCGGACGAGGAGGUUGGCUUUCGCCUACGGAUGAUGAUCGCUAUCUCCUCGAGUUUAAAGGACGACGCACCAUGUUCGAUCUCAGUCUGUGUGGUGAUCUUUCUGAGAAGAGUCUUGAAGAAGCGCAAGCCUUAUUCGACCAGAAGCGAGUGUCUUACAAUCGAUUCAUUGAUCAGCCGGCUAUUGUCCAUAAGGACGACCUGACGAUCCAGUGGAGGGGGAGGUUCAUCUCUCGAAAACAAUCGUCGCCAAUUCUUGCGGCACUCGUCGUCUGGCGACAAGCGACGGUGGGAGCCUCGAUAGUGCAGUCAGACGAAGAACCACUUUCGGACGGGGAUGAACGUCAACAGCGUCCGCAGCCUCCAAAGACUGCUCCGGCUGCCCAAGCGACGCCUGGUCGGUGGACGCGGUGGUUUGGUCGUUCAAGGGCUGCUCGCGAGCCCACGACGACGGCGUCGACCCCGACUCCGGAGAGUUCUGCCAAUCGUCCUGGAUUACAUCCUACAUCUUCCGCUCCUAACGCUGUGGAGAGCUUGCCGUUACCAGUGACCACUCCCGGUGCGGUCACUCCUCCGACAUUACAACCAAUUGGGACAUCGACAACGCACAAAAAUUACAUCAAGACUUUGCGUCUCACUUCUGAGCAACUGAAAGAGCUCAACCUCAAAAAGGGGCCGAAUUCGAUCACCUUUUCGCUCUCUGCAACUGGAGUUGCGACGUGUACUGCACGUAUAUUUGUCUGGGAUGCUACCGAUCAGAUUGUCAUCUCUGACAUUGACGGCACGAUCACCAAGUCCGACGCGCUUGGUCACGUAUUCACUAUGAUUGGUCGAGAUUGGACGCACAUGGGUGUCGCCAAGCUCUACACUGAUAUUUGUCGAAAUGGAUACAAGAUUAUGUAUCUGACAUCCCGCGCAAUUGGUCAAGCGGACUCGACGCGCGACUACCUCCGCGGGAUCAAUCAGAAUAAUUAUCAGCUCCCAGAAGGGCCCGUCAUCAUGAGCCCGGACAGGUUGAUGGCGUCGCUUCAUCGGCAAGUCUAUAUUCUCUCGUCUCAGACAAUUCAUUUACAGAAUGUGUUUAGUGAAGUGAUUAUGCGUCAGCCAGAAGUGUUCAAGAUGGCGUGUUUGCGUGAUAUCCAAAGACUGUUUGGACCUAUCCACCGCAACCCCUUUUACGCUGGCUUUGGUAAUCGUAUCACCGACGCCCUAUCGUACCGUAGCGUCAACGUUCCCAGUGGACGAAUAUUUACCAUUGACUCGUCUGGAGACGUGAAGAUGGAGCUCCUCGAGUUGGCAGGGUACAAGUCUUCGUACAUCCACAUGACGGAUCUUGUUGACCAAAUGUUCCCACCGAUCCAUCGAAAGUGGGCGCCAGAGUACACGGAUGUCAACUUUUGGCGACCACCCAUGCCGACUUUCGAUUUCCCAGACGUAACCCGACCCUCUUCACCGAGUCCUUCCUCACCUUCAUCCACCCUCGCCGCUCUCCCACCAUCACCGGCACUAAGUGCGAGGUCAGACGCAUCCAUGCAGACCGGGCUCAGUCGACUCCGCAACUUUAGCUUGCGAGGGAGCAGUUCGACGUCCCGACCAGCUCAAGAAUUUGUUCCUCCAGGACAGAGCGGAGGCAAUGAUGGGAGCCGGAACCAUACAUAUCAGCAGCACCAGCGAGCCAAGUCCUCGGUGGGUGGCAAUGGCAGGCGCAAUCAUCAACACCACGGUCGUGCCACGAGCGCCGACGCGUCGCGCGAGAAUGGCAUUCCUAUGCCGUCAAGAAGAGAUGGGUUGAGCGACGAUGAGCAACGUGCGAAGAAUCGACUGAGCGUUGGGAGUAGUAUGCCUGGAAGCUACGAAGAGUUUCACUUGGACGACUCGGAUGAGGAUGACGAGGAGAUUGAGGAUGAGGAGGGCGAAGAGGAAUAUUCGGAUGAGGAAGAUGAAGAGGACGGGGAAGAUGAGGGCUCGGAAGAAGAAGAGGAAGACGAGCUUCCGCACGAAAUGGAUUUCGACCCAUUGCUUGAAACGGGAGAGAUGGAUGCCAUUCCGUUUCUCUAG